GGGUUCCCGUAGGGAAGGGGGACGGAAGCUUGCUUUUGGAGCUAUAGGUUCGGGGUACCUUGGGUGCACCUCUGUGGCGGCGCAUCACAUUGCCGAUCAGCGGUGGUGGUGCCUUCUGCAACGCAACAACACAACUCGCUUUAGGUAGGUAGCUAACUCCAACUUUUUGCGACGACGACAUCACUUUUCUUUCGGUUGAAGGAACCCAAUUCUGGUCAACAAGACACAAACCAACCCCCCACCCCACAAUGUGUACCAUCUAAAAGCCUAACGGAAACGUUCAAACCACCACGUCUCUCCACCAUCCACAUAACCCGUCAUGGCACUCGAACCAACCACCAUCACCACCACGACGAACGGCGGUUUCGUCGCCGCCGACGCCCUCACCGACCUCGCCACUGAUACCGCUCUGCCUUUAUUCAACGUCGAGCAAGUCCAGCUCCAGUUCCCUAUCUACGACGACUUUGUUGCGGGACAGGUAGCCAACAAUGUGAUCAUUCUCGCUCUUUCGUCGGGGCGGAUCCUGAGGAUUGAUCUCAACAGACCUGAUGAGAUUCAGGACAUCCACCUCCCCAAAAAACCCUCCGAAUCAGGCAUCAUCCGCCGCAUGUUCCUCGACCCGACCGCCUCCCACCUCCUCAUCGCCACCUCCCUCGGGGAAAACUACUACCUCCACUCCCAGUCCGACACCCCCCGCCCCCUGGCAAAACUCCGGGGUGUCUCCAUCGAGGCGGUGGCCUGGUCGCCUGCGCUGCCGACGAGUAGUACGAGGGAGAUAUUGAUUGGUGCGGCGGAUGGGAAUAUCUAUGAGGCGUUUGUUGAACAAAGUAAUGAGUUUUAUCGCAAGGAGGAUAAGUAUGUGAAGUUGGUUUGGAAGGUUGGUGAGGGUGGGCCGGUGACGGGGUUGUGGGUUGAUUCCCUGCCUGGGGGGGAUAGGAGCGGGGAGGUGAGGAGGGUGUUGGUGGCUACGCGGGGGAGGCUGAUGCACUGGGUUGGAAAGGUGGGGAGAAGGGGGCAUGAGGGGCACCAAGGGAUUUAUGGGGGGUUGUUUGAGGGGGAGCAGCCGGUGAGUUUUGGGGAUGGGAGGCCGGGGCAGGGAGGGAGUUUGGUGGUGAGCCCGGAUGUGGUGGAGCAGGGGGUUAAUCCGACGAGGUUCAGGGAGGAAGAGGUGCCCGAGAGGGCGUUUGCUUGGUUGAGUUCGCAGGGGGUGUUUCAUGGACGGCUGUUGGUGGAUGGGAACACGGGGGAUUUGGGGAGCAGGGUUUUCAAUGAGGGGAGGCUGUUGGCCAAGGGGCAGCUGACGAAUCCGAAUGGGGUGGAGGCUGCGGGGGGGAAGAGGCAGGUUUCGACGGAUGACGUCGAGGCUGUGGCGUUGACACAGUGGCAUGUUAUUUGCUUGGUUGGGAGGAGGGUGGUGGUUGCCAAUCGGCUGACGGGGGAUAUUGUCUAUGAUCAGAUUGCGCUGGAGCAGGGGCAGAGGGCGGUGGGGUUGAGCGUGGAUGUUCAGAAGAACACUUUCUGGUUGUUUACGCCGCAGGAGAUAUUGGAGAUUGUGCCCAAGGAGGAGGAUAGGGAUAUUUGGAAGAUUAUGCUCAAGUUUGAGGACUUUGAGGCGGCGCUGCAGCACGCGCGCACGCCCGCGCAGAAGGAUGCGGUGGCGAUUGCGCAUGGGGAUCACAUGGUGGGAAAGGGGCAGCACAGCGAGGCGGCGGGGGUGUAUGGGAAGAGCAGCAAGCCGUUUGAGGAGGUGGCGUUGACGUUCAUCGACAACGAUCAGCCGGAUGCGCUGAGGAAGUACUUGCUGACCAAGCUGGGCACGUACAAGAGGUCAUUUGUGAUGCAGAGGGUCAUGAUUGCGGCUUGGUUGGUGGAGGUGUUUAUGGCCAAGCUCAACUCGCUGGAUGACACUAUCAUCACGGGGGCGGAGUUGUCUGAGACGUUGAGCCCGACCCAGACGAGAGAGCAGCUCGAGGCCGUGAGGGCAGAGUUUCAGGACUUUGUCACGAAGCACAAGCAGGAUCUUGACCGGCAGACUGUCUAUGAUAUCAUCAGCAGCCAUGGCCGGGAGGAGGAGCUGCUGUAUUAUGCCAAUGUCGUCAACGACUACAAUUAUGUCUUGUCGUACUGGGUUCAGAGGGAGAGGUGGUCGGAGGCGCUCAAGGUGCUCAAGAGACAGACCGAUGCCGGGGUGUUUUACCGGCACAGCAGCGUGCUUAUGACGCAUGCCGCUACCGAGCUGGUCGAUAUCUUGAUGCGGCAGAGCAACCUUGACCCACGGAAUUUGAUCCCGGCGUUGCUGGAGUAUGACAGGAACUUCAAGGGGCCGUUGAGUCAGAACCAGGCUGUCCGGUAUCUGCAGUAUGUGGUUAACCAGCUCGGCUCGACAGACGCGGCUGUUCACAACACUCUGGUGUCGAUUUACGCUUCGCACUCGUCAACGGACGAGUCCCAGCUCAUGGCCUAUCUCGCCUCACAGGGGGACGAGCCGAAUUUCGACCAGGAUUUCGCGCUGAGGUUGUGCAUACAGAACCACCGGGUCCUGUCUUGCGCACAUAUUUACACCAGCAUGGGACAGUACGUCCAGGCUGUGGACCUGGCCCUGUCGCACGACAAGAUCGAGCUCGCGUCCAUCGUUGCCGACCGGCCCAUGUCGAACCCCGCGCUGCGGAAAAAACUCUGGCUUGCUGUCGCGAAAAAGGUCAUUUCGCAAUCCAACGGCAUCAAGGCCGCGAUUGAGUUCCUCAAGCGCUGCAACGACCUCCUCAAGAUUGAAGAUUUGAUCCCUUUUUUUCCAGAUUUCGUCGUGAUUGACGAUUUCAAAGAGGAGAUUUGCAAUGCGCUGGAGGAGUACAGCCGAAGCAUUGAUGCGUUGCGGAAGGAGAUGGACGAGAGCAGCCUGACGGCGGCGAACAUUAAGGUCGACAUUGCGGCGCUGGACAGGAGGUACGCGAUUGUGGAGCCCGGGGAGAAGUGCUAUGUUUGCGGGCUGCCGCUGCUGGCGAGGCAGUUUUUUGUUUUUCCGUGUCAGCACGCGUUUCACAGUGACUGUUUGGGGAGGAGGGUGCUGGAGCAGAGCGGGGCGGCGAAGGGGAGGAGGAUCAGGGAGAUUCAGGGGCUGAUUGGGAAGGGGGUGGUGAAGGGGGAGAGGAGAGAGAGGGUGGUGAGGGAGUUGGAUGGUAUUUUGUGCAGUGAUUAUGCUGUUAGGAGGAUUAAUGAGCCCUUUGUGGCGGAGGGGGAGGAUUUGGAGGAGUGGGCUUUGUAA